UUCCGGAGGGAGCCGUGCCGGUUGUCGGCGACGCUGGGAAAGCCAUUUCCGGCGCCUCCUUUCCCCACCGGCUUGCGGCUGCGGGGGCGAUGAGGCAAAAGCACUACCUGGAGGCCGCGGCGCGGAAGCUGCACUCUUCCUGUCCGGGCCAGGCUCGCUAUCUGCUCUGGGCCUACGGUUCGUCCCACGAUGAUAAGAGCAAUUUUGAAGAAACAUGUCCAUACUGUUUCCAGCUGUUGGUUCUGGAUAAUUCUCGAGUGCGCCUCAAACCCAAGGCCAAAUUGACACCUAAAAUACAGAAACUUCUUAAUCGAGAAGCAAGAAAUUUUACACUCAGUUUUAAAGAAGCAAAAAUUUUGAAAAAAUACAGAGACUCCAAGAGUGUAUUGUUGGUUACUUGUAAAACAUGCAACAGAGCAGUUCAGCAUCCUGGUAAAAGUAGAAGCUUCCUGUCAGCACUGAAGAGCAGCCCCAGCACUCCACUGAGUAAGCUCAGCCAGGAGAUAGCGGAGAGGAGGACUCCAAAUGCAGUAAACCUUACUCUGUCUGCGUCCAGAGGCAAGAGCCCGGCACUGACUUUCAGAACACCCACGUCUGGACAGUCAACACCUAUUUGCUCCCCAAAGAAUGUGAGCAGAACAAAAAAACACUUAUCUCAACUGAAGAUGUUGCUCAGCAAGAGUGAAUCCCAAGAGAACCCAAAGAUGGACUUCAGAAAUUUCUUGUCUUCUCUUUGAAGGCUGUUUUAUAAUAUGUCUACACUAAAGUUAAUUUUAAAAAAAACUUUUUUUUUUACUGUUACUUAUUCUUUGAAUACAUGCUAAAGAAGAACCAACUAUUCUUGGUAUCCUAAGUUUGCAGGGAAAAUACCUCAUUAGAAUGAAUAACUAAAACCUGGUUAGUCACAGGAUGGCUGUAAAAGUCACAUUGUACACAAAAGGUGCUCAAAACUGUGCAGUGACAGACACCUAGUGGUGGUGUCAUGUCAUUUUCUUUCAAAGGGAAAUUGAGACCUUCAUGAGAGAAUCUUCACUCAUGAAGGUUUCUUCCUCAUCGCCAACUCAGAAGGAGGAUCAAGUGUGUACUGUUAUUUUCUGUCACCUGCAUAUAACUAUAUUAGUAAAAUUUGAACAUUAUUCUUAAUUUGAAUGCAGAAGAGGACAUUCUUGAUUACAGGUGGCUUGAUAAGAACUGAAAUUUCCAUUUGCACAACUAUUAUUCAUACAGUAAAAUUUUCCUGAAAACAUUUUAUUUUUUAAAAAAGAUUGAUUUAUUUAUUUGAAAGGCAGAGUUAGAGAGAGAGGUCUUCCAUUCUCUGGUUCACCCCCCAGGUGGCCACAAUGGCUGGUUCUGCACCAAUCCAAAGCCAGGAGCUUCUUCCGAUCUCCCAUGUGGGUGCAGGUGCCCAAGGACUCUGGCCAACCUCCACUGAUUUCCCAGGCUAUGGCAGAGAGCUGGAUCGGAAGUGGAGCAUCUGGGACUCAAACCAGCGCCCAUAUGGAAUGUAGGCACCACAGGCGACAAGUUUACCCACCACACCACAGCACCAGCCCCAAAAGUAGCAUUUUAUCUCACUCUGGUGAAGAAUUAUUUCUAGGUCUAAGAUUAUAUCAGGAGGCCAGUGCUAUGGCUAAACAGGUAAAGUUGCCACCUGUGAUACUGGCAUCUCAUAUGAGCACUGACUCAAGUCCCAGCUACUCUCCUUCCAAUCCAGCUCCCUGCUAAUGUGCCUGGGAAAGCAACAGAAGAUGGCCCAGGUACUUACAUUAGUAAAACUGGUUUGAUCACUGUACACUGUAUGUAUGUAUAUGUAUAGAGCAUCACUCUGGGCUGGCGCUGUGGCUUAGUAGGUUGAGCCUCCGCCUGCAGCACCAGCAUCCCAUAUGGCUGCUGAUUCGAGUCCUGGCUGCACCACUUCAGAUCCAGCUCAGUACUCAUGGUCUGGGAAAGCAGUGGGAGAUGGCCCAAGUGCUUGGACCCCUGCACCCACAUGGGAAUAUGGAAGACUCAGAAGAAGCUCCUGGCUCCUGGCUUCAGAUUGGCACAGCUCUGGCUGUUGCAGCCAUUUAGGGAGUGAACCAGUGGAUAGAAGACCUCUCUUUCUCUCCUUCUGUCUGUAACUCUGCCUCUCAAAUAAAUCUUUUGUAAAAAUUACACUGCAUAUACUAUAUGUAUAAUUAUUACGUCAAUUUAAAAUAGACAAACAGUAGUUGCAUGUAUAGAACAUUUCACAAGUAGUAUUGAGCAAAAAAUAAACAGCUCUUUAAGUCAUUCAGAUACUUGGAAUUAUAAACUGUUCCAAGUCCCUCUCCUUAAAGUUUAAAACUCAAAAAUUUUCAUUCAUCAGGACUUGGCAAGCUGGAAGGUCAAGGUUAGGUAACAAGUUGGUCUUAGGUUAGGGUUAUAUAAAGUGAAAUCAUCAAUGCCAGCACCAAAAGGACAGUGAACUGGGCCAGGCAUCUGCAGCACCUGGCACUCCUCUUUGCUCAUGAUAGCUGCUUUACCUUUCUGGCUACUACAGUGUUUCUCACUCCUCUUGCUGUUUUGUUCACUUACACCUGUCCCUGAUCACCCAGCCACUGUAAGCUCCUGGGAGUUCUCACUACAUAGCAGUUACUCCCCAAGCUUUAGGCUUUUGCAUGUAGUUUUUCCUUGAGGCAUGAUUUUGGAAACUGCCCUCCACUCCAAUGCCAUUGCAUUCUGAGGGGCCGCUCUUCACAGUAUUGGAGACCUUGUCCUGUGUUUCUGAUGCUGUCAACAGGCCUGAGUGAUACUACUUUUGAGCCCCCCCCCACCAACUCCAGUACCUAGUGUGUUGCUCACCACAUAACACAGCAAAUAUUCCUACACUAUUUAAAUUUGAAUUCCUUAGUCCUCUCGCCCACAUUAGAACUAAGCACUUUCACAUGAUUGGAAAGUAGUAAAAAUAGCAACUUCUGGGUGGGAUUGUACACAUUCCAGUUGCAAGUGGAACCAUGGAUUUUGGGAUUUUUUUUCUUUUCUAUUUGACAGAAGGGUGUUUGGGCAUCUCUAAGAAUUAUUCUUAAAAUUUUGAAAUGAUGAUAAAACUCAGAAGAAGGCACAAGAGUAAAUCUUAAGAUCUUGGAUUUAGCAACAGUUUGUUGUUUUUAAGUUUUCUUUAUUCCAAAGGCAGAGUUACAGAGGGAGAGACAGAGAUCUUCCACCAGCUGGUUCCCUCUCCAAAUGGCUGCAGUGGCCAGCGUUGGACCAGUCUGAAACCAGGAGCCUGGACAUGGGUUCAGGGGCCCAAGUACAUGGGCCAUCUUUUGCUUCUUUCCCAGGCACGUUAGCAGGGAGUUGGAUCAGAAGUGAAGCAGCCAGGACUCAAACGGGAUGCUGGCAUUGCAGGUGGUAGCUUAACCCCUGUGCCACAGUACUAGCUCAGCAAUAGUUUGUUAUGCUAGUUAAAGCAACUUACGUUGCUGCAAAAGGAAAAAAAAAAACAAACUGGACUUCAUCAAAAUUAAAGAUUUAAUUUGCUCCAAAGGACACCAUUAAGAGAGUAAAAAUAUAACCCACUGAAUGGUACAGACUUAUUUGGAAACCAUAUGCCUGAUGAGCUUAUGUUCAGAAUUAGAACUCUUAAAAUUCAAUAAUAUAAUAGAAAAAAAAAUGGACAAAGAAUCUGAUAGAAGAUUCUCCAAAGAAGAUACCCAAGAAGCAUGACAAAAUGUGCAUCAUUGGUCAUCACAGAAAUAAAAUUCAAAACAAUGGGGGGUAGUGCUGCACACCUACUAGAAUGGCCAAAAUCACUAAGCAAUAGAAGUGUGGAUGAGCAUGUGGAGAAGAUAAGCUUGGUUGUGAUUAUAUUAAGUGAAUUUUUUGAGACAAGCUGCUCUGCACCGAUUUUUUAACCAGGACUCAUCCUUGGGUUCUGUCUUUGACUUGCUUAGCCCAGUUUUAGCAAGAAUCCUGCUAAGUCAGUUUAGUGAGAAUUCCCCACCCUGGCCCACUGUCAGCAAAACAGUCAAGUUAAUUCAACAAGAAUCCCCCUACCUGUGAUGGGUCUUAGAAAUUUCCUGUCCGUUGACCCCUCCCUGUGCCUGCUGGCUGUAAAUCCCCAGCUGUCUUUGCCUGUUACAAUAGUCUUGAGUGAAGUCUUAACAGGUUAACAACUGCUGGAACAAUUUUUUACUUAAUAAUGUCAACACUGUUGUAGCUUUAGUUCAGUUUAAGUUAAUGUUCAAUUCAAGGCAGUUUGGUGCACUAAGUGAUUAACUUUGAUAGCUGCUUUUUUUUAACCUAUGAUCUUUUGAGGUGGCAUGUAGAUACUGAAGGUUAAGCAAAAUAUGAUUAUGAAUUCAUUUCCUGAAAUGCAGAAAAUUCAAGUGGUUCAGUCUCCACAGUUAUUUACAAAAGGUCCUUCUAGCCUCUGUUGGGUCUUCCUGUAAUGACAAUACAUAGUUGCAAGUCUAAGAUUUAUAAAUCUCAGAUCUAAUGACAGUUUUUACCUUUUUUAUGUUGAAUUCCCAAGUUACAACAUUUCAAAAACUUAACUUAGUCUUCUUUAUCAUGAGUUUCUUAACAGCUAGAAUGUAAAAGAGCAGCCAGGUUAAAAUUGGCUUCAAAAUUUGGAAAACUUCUAACUUGGACUUCUGGGUCUUGUGGGUAGCACAGUCCAUGGCUAAGUGCUCUGUUGGUUCUUCCUACCAAAUCAGCAUUUCACUACUCCCUUGAGCUUCAGAUGUGUGCCUCUAAGAUGGUAUUUUGUCUAGAAUACAUCUCCAUUAGAGAUGUAUGCUCCCCCAGUAUACCAAUUACAUUCUAAAGAAUUCAUAAAA